CAAAGAGUCCAUCCAAUUUCAAAGAAAGAAAAUGGCAUGCUGGUCACCAGAAAGUGCAACCAAAGCCUAUCUGAAAGCAAUAAAAAUGGGAAAGAGUGCUAAAGAGCCAGAUGUAUCAGAAUUCAUCUCAGCACUUGUUGCUGGAAACAAUGCACAACUGAUGGUCGUCGCAUGUGCUGGUGCAGCCGAUUCCACCACACUAGCCCUUGUGGCUGCAGCUCAGCAAACGGGUGGUAGAGUCAUUUGCAUCCUCAACGAAUUCGAUAAAUUAAAUCCAUCAAUUGAAUUUCUACAACAUAACGCGAUGCACGUUGAAUUUGUAAUUAGUGGAGAUGCCAAAACUCUACUAGUAAAUGACUAUAAAAGAGCAGAUUGUGUAGUAAUUGAUUGCAACAUUAACAACUGUGAAGGCAAAGGCAUUUUUAAGACGGCACGAAGGAUAGGGGGAAAUAAUGCCAUUGUUUUAGGGUACAACGCGUUGCGAAUGGGAUCAUGGAAAUGUGAAAGUUUUAAUGCUCAUUUGUUACCCAUAGGAGAAGGUUUAUUGGUGACACGGAGAGGCAGUGAUUUUGGUGUUUCGGAGAAAAAGAGUCGUUGGAUCGUCAAAGUGGAUCAAUGUACAGGGGAAGAACAUGUAUUCAGGGUCAGAUCUCCACAUGGAAAAGUAUAGGUUUUUAUUUAUUGCUAUUUGAUGGAUUGUAGAAUAUACCAUAUAAUACUUUUCUAACAUCUGAAAUGAUAAGCAGAUAUGCAUUUUGAUCCUGUAAAUAGAAGAGAUUUAAUCAUGUUAUAGUAGACUCACAACAUAGCUGUUGGGGUUGAGUUAGACUCAAGUGUCAUACUUUACAUACAUGAUAUCUGAGUCAGAUCCAUCCCCGUUUGGGCUCCUGAUCCACGUUUCAGUCGGAUGAGAUUUACUCAUGAAGUGUCAACUAAGAUCUAAUUAGGUUAGAGA